AUGCCUCUUAAGUGUUUUGUACCUGGGUGUAACUCUGGGUUACCCAAACAAAAUAAAAUAUACAAACAGCAGGGAGUAAAACUGCCUUCAGUAUUCCAUCCUAUUUCGAACAUGAUUGAUACAUGGAAUUUAAAAAUUCCACGAGCAGAUAGAUUAUUAACCAAAAAAGAUGGAGUAUGUGAACUCCAUUUUGCUCCUGAAGAUAUUAUUUCAUAUAGGAUAUUUGAGGAUGCAGCAGGAAAUGAAAUAAAACAUCAGCUCAAGAGAGUUAGUUUAAAUGCUAACGCUAUACCAUGUAUUUUCCUUAAUUUACCAUCUUAUUUCAAUAAAAAUAUUAAAAAACGAAAACCUCCAAUGGAAAGGUCAAUAGUACCAAACAAUCGCAAAAAGAAUAAACCCAGUGAUUUAAAUCCUGUAAAUGAAAUAAUUAAUAAUCCUGAAUUGGUCACUGAUGUAGUGAUCCCUCACUGCUCGCUUAUAUUUUUGAGUUCGUCGACGUUGAUGGUGAAUGUAGGAGAAAAGGUUGUAGAGCGACAAGUUACACAAAGCGAAAAGCAUCUGCCCGAGACUCAGCGUGUGCGUAGUGCAGACUCUGUACUAAAUCUAAUUUUACUAUAG